CGGGACGCCUCCACCUCCCCGAUGCAUAACCCCAUCACCUCCUCCUUCUCGGUGCUCAGCGCGUGGUUCAUGCAGACCAGGAAGGCGUCGGACUCCAGCCUUCCUGUUUCCAGGCGAUGAGCGCGGCUCGGAUCCAUGACAAGCAGAAGCUGCGAUGGUUCUGGGAGGAGAGGAUCGUCCAGCACAGCCGGCAGAUGGACCAGGAGGAGAACCGCAUGCGGAGCAGCGCCCUGACACGGCUCAGGGAGCAGUGGCUGCUGCGCCUCAACCUGAGGAACCAGCACCAGCAGCACUUCUUCGAGGAGAGGAGACAGAGACUGCAGAAAGCGUCUCAGUUUCUCCAAAGGAUCAAUUAACCAACAGAUCAACUGAUUCCAUGGAAACGUCUGAAUCUUUGACAGCAGAAAGAGAAAAGAUCAAAUAAAAAGUACUGACAUCAAAACUUC